UUCCUGACAACCCGUGCGUGCGUCGCGCGCAGCCCUGAUCGAGGACGGCGGCCAGUACCCGAACAUCAUCACCGAGUCGAGCCGGCUGGUGUGCCACGUGCUGACGCUGGACCCCGAGGAGGAGCUGGACGCGCUGCAGGCGCGCGCCGAGCGCUGUCUCUGCGCGGCCGCGCACGCCACCGGCUGCAAGGCGACCAUCGCCCGAGGCCGCCGCUGCAGGCUGUUUGCGCACAACGACGCGCUCGUGAGGGCCUACAGGAGUCACGGAAAGAAGCUCGGCGUCCACUUCGUGGACAUGGACUUGACCCGCGCGGUGCCAACAGGAGGCGCCAGCGACGCCUCCAACGUGUCCCACGAGGUGCCCACGCUGCUGCCAGAGUUCGCCAUCGGCUCGGUGCAAGACAGCCACACGCGGGAGUUCGCACAAGCCGCGGGAUCCGAAAGCGCCCAGGCUCCCACUCGGAGGGCGAGCCAGAUGCUGGCGCUAACAGCUCUGGACGUAUUCGCCGACCCCCAGCUGCUGCCCAGGGCACGCAAGGACCUCGCGGAAUGGAAGGCGGCCAGGCGGUCUCCAUGCACCUGCCCCACGAUGGCGGGCUCUGGCUCGAAGGCUGUCUGAGGACGCCGAGAAUGCAAUCUGAAUUUCAGCUGACGUACUGCAGAGCGCCGGCUGAAAUGCCGGCGAUCGACCUCUGCUGUAUUACCAUAUCUGCCAUAUGCAAAUGAAAUACGCUAUUUCUUGAUCAGAAAUUUUCUGUACUCAAUUUUGCUUUUAACUAGCAAAGUUGUCAUAGGUGAUGUCCAAGUCCGCAACCCAGCGGCGGCUUUCUCCGAGUAACAGAAGCUUAUCGCGAAGACCAUGCUUCUGUUAACUACGUGCGCCGGAAGAGACUGCGGAGCCGAAAAACACGCCAUAGGUGCCACGGUUUGGACACUACCGUCUGUUUCUGUUCGACUCAGCGGCCAUCUGCGGCUGAGACCAAGGUAGCUGGACUACUUAUACUGACUGGCCCGGCGGCUAUAUGCCGAUUGAAGCGGAGUGCAAGAAUUAACGCUCGUGCACUGUAAAUGACGUGCAAGGAACUUGAGCGGCCACGUACGUACGAUAGCAUUCUGCAACCACAUAUCUAAUGUAGUCCACGUGUUGCUUUGGAACCUGCCGCGGUAGCGCACUAAGCAUAGCGUUGUGCUGUGGAGCACGAUUUCGAGCCUUUGAUUUCAACCACAGCGGCCAUCUUCCGAUGUGGGCGGAAUACAAUAAAAAAAAAAAAAAAUCCUCGUGUACCGUUUUUUGAGUGCACGUUGACGAACCCCAGGUGGCCAGAAUUAUUCGAGAGUUCUAGACUACGGCGUACCUCAUGGACCACCGUGAAGUUGCAGGGCGUUAAACUUUAGCAGUUUAAUUAAUUGCUACCGCUUGAGGAUGUUAUGUAGGUUGAAAGGAGCACGAUAUGACAUUGAAGGUCUCGUCUUCCAGUUGGCAGAGGUCGCAAGUCCGGUAUUUCUCGAAGGGAAAUGCAGAUACCAAUUAAAGAGCAAUAAAACCGGUGUACUCCGUAAAUAGUGAACUUGCCAUGCGCCCUGCAUUCACAGGGCAAGGCAAGGCGUCCCACAACACGCGCGUUACGUGUUCAGCACCUCGAAUACGCAGAAUGAGCUGAGCAAGCAAGCAAGAGCCAGGGAAAAAAAAAAAAAAAACUACACGCUAACAUUGUCGAUUCGCAUGCGUCAAGAACAGCUUGUACUUGCAGAAAAAAAGAAGCGCGCGUGGAAGCGACGUUCGCGCAGCGCUACAUAGUUCAGGAAAUACCGGGUACCACUGUC